CGCAGGGUUUGAGGAUGUCACAUUUAUCGUGAUAUUUGUGUUUUGUUGACUGGAGUUCCUAAUUAUCAUUAGUGUGUUGAGAUCCUACUGUUAUUUGGUAUCGUUUAUUAUGAAACCCUUGAUUGACGGUAUAAUUAGAGUGGGAUCGGAUUUGGGUUUUAUUGUUGCUUUGAUAGUCACCAAUACCGUUCUGCAGAAUGUUGAUCCGUACAAAAGAGGAUACUUUGUUCAAGAUGAAUCAAUCAAAAAACCAUUUAGACAGAACACUAUCUCAAGUACUGUCCUUUAUGUAGUUUCCUCACUACUAAUACUGAUUACGAUAGUUGUCGGUGAAGUAAUUGUUAGUGCAAAAUCUUUAAGAAAAACUCAUCAUAGAAUACCGGUGGUUUUGUAUCCAAUUUAUGAUUCUCUUAUUGUUGCUUGUUUUGGCUACUUUGCUACUAUCGGUCUUACGGAUGUAGGUAAAGUUUCAUUUGGUCGUCUCCGUCCAAAUUUUCUUGAUGCAUGCAAACCUUCUGACCUUCAAACUACGAUCUUGGGUUUUGUUGGUAAUUUUACUUGUUCAUCAGACAAAUCAAGUGGCCUGAGAAAAUCUUUCCCAUCUGGACAUACCUCAAUUGCAAUAUAUACUGCUAUAUUUCUAUGUCUUUAUAUUCAACUGAGAUUUUCACAUUCUCGCAUGUAUCCGGGUGUAAGAACAUGUUUUCAAAUGAUUUAUGUCGCUCUUGGAUUAGUUGUUGGAUAUUCACGUAUUAUCGAUAAUAAACAUCAUUGGUCCGAUGUACUUGGUGGUGGACUAUUAGGAUUUUUCGUAGCACUAAGUACUCUAUAUUACCUACCGUAUGUUGGAGACACUGGAAAUUCUCUGCCUACUUACAGAGAUGAUCAAGUGACGGUACAAUAUUUUCCAAUGAAUAACUAUUCAUCUAAUGGAUCAGUCAAUUAUUUAAAUUAUAAGACAUUAGAGUGGAAUUUGAAGUACCCGAGAAUUCGGUCUUCAGUCCAACUGACAAAUCUUCACAAUAGUUUCAAGGGAUGAUAAUAUGAAUCUAUUUUCGAUACUGGACUCCCUGUUCAUAAUAAAUGUUGACUAAUGGAUUUUCACACUCAUUCAUAUUGGUUGAUACAUAUAUUAAUUGUACAACUAUGUUCUAGAGAGAAUUCAGUUAGUAUAUUUAUUCUACAGGAUAAUUGUUCCUGUUUAUUUGAAAUAUAUACUUGUGAAGUCAGUGCGUGAUGUCAAACCAUAAAUUUAACAAUUUCUACCAAAUUCUAUACUGAAUAUCCUAUGGACUAACUUCGAAAGGUCGUUCUUAGAGUUUUAGUGAGAACCACCGGCAAGAUCAAUCAUGUUGGAGUCAAGCAAUUUCUUUGCAAUAAGAUUCCACAACAUUUCGAAUCUAUGGGAGCUAGAAAUAUGAACUAUUGGCUGUUGUCUCAAUGAUCCAAAUGUGAAAGACUUAGUGAUACCUGAAUGUCUUGGGUUCAAUCUCAGAUGGGAUAGUGAAUACGCACCAUUGAAGAGUUCCAUACUCAGUCAAGUGUGCAACGUUGGACGUGGGAUAUGUGUACAUCGGUUCAACUUACCAUAUAUCUCAUAGAACAGUGAGGUGAAAUUGUUGAGGCUUCUUUGUUUUCAAUAAUUUCCCUUGACUUAUAACUACAAAUAACCUAUGCUAACAAUUAUCUAGAAGGAUUUAACACAUAGUAUCCUAAUACAUUUCUAGACUUGUAUGUUACUGUUGAUAAUAACGAACUAUAUGUUCAACACACAGUUCCCUAAACAUUUGUACUACAUGUGUAAAGUACAUCGUACAGUGUUGGUGAUCUAUUGUAUACAGUUUACGUGUUUACGGUGUUCAUAUGAUGUAUCAUAAAAUAUGUUCUCUCAUUUAAUUUACAUAAAUAUUUCCAUCUAUCUUUAUGUAUGUCAAUGAAUUGUAUAAUGAGUAAUGUUAUAGAUUUUCAAUAUGGUACAUUAGAUCUAGUAUAGAUGUGUAUCAUUACAAAUUGUAAUACUAAGAGGAAUAGAUAAAAUAGAAAUUAAAUAGAAUUAAAUGUAUCAAGCACUAAUCUGAUGAAAGAUUACAACAUGUAUGAUCUGUAUAUACUAAACAAAUAGGUGAACAUGUAAUUCAACAAUCAUAAAUAACAUACUCAAUGACUUCUAUUAUCACAAAUCUGUUGCUACUUUGUUAAUCGUAGUUUUGGUUCCUACUGUUGCUAGUGGUGGUGGUGGUGGUGUUGUUGUUGCUAUGGUUGCAUUAAAUUAAACUCAUAAAUCUAGUAGCAAUACAAUUCUUUUUUAAAUUUUUGUUUUACAAUUUUAUUUUGAUAUAAGUAAAAGUGAAAUCAUGUUUAUAUCAAUCAAUUGUAAACUUAUAAUCAUAUGAUUGUAACUUAUCAAGUAUGAUAGAUAGAUUUUAACUGUUCAAAUAAUCUUUAUUAGAUUGUAGUUUUGUGUAAUAUAACUUUGUCAUGCAAUCUUAUGUAAAUUUAGUAGAUAUUUUUGUUGGUUUGAUGAUAGAUUCAUUGUUAAAUAAAGGCAAUAUCAUAUGAUUAAAUUAUGUGAGAGAUAGUUAGUUAUUCAAUUGUUAUUACUCAAUUGUUUAAGGUAUACAGUUGAUUUAAACACCUGAUAAUAAUCAUCAUAUAGUCACUAGUGAUUAACUUCAAGAGGUAUUUCCUAGAGUUCUAGUGAGAAGCUAUGAUCAGUGGAGUUAUUCAACCAGGUCUGUUGUGACAUAGUAACUCACUGAUGACAAUGG